AUGGAGGCCGAUCCGUCUCAGCAGACACAGCCUGCAACUCAGCAGGUCCUGGAUCCACGUCGACUAGGCAGGAACAAUUCGGGUCUCAAUGACGGUGAUAUUGCCGAUGUCUUGGUCAUUCUCCACCCAGCUACUCCUACAGCCAUUCGGAUUGUCGAGCAGACAGCGCAAGAUCGACCCGAGCAUGUGCUCUUCCGCAAUUCACUCGAUUCCAUGAGUAGUUCCAUCACCGAUGUUGAGGAGCAGGAGACAUUCAUCAUCAACGCUCCAGAGGGACGACAAGGUACCAGCUCGCGGGCUGGCGCAGACCUGGCUCUACGCAUGUCAUCCGCGAAGAGGUUGAAGUUCAAGCCGCUCGGAUUUAUAUUUGGACGCAAUCACCAGAGCGCCGAUGUUAUCUUUGGCCAGGACUCCGGCAAGAGGAUAAGCAACCAACACUUCCGCAUAUAUCUGAAUGCGGAUGGUCUUCUCAUGCUCGAUGACAUGUCCACCAAUGGCACCAUAGUCGACGAUGCACUCCUGAAGUGCAAGGAUCCACGCUUCAGUAAGAUGCGGAUGCUGAGCUCGGGAUCGAUCAUCUGUAUCCAGAACUCCAACGAUGCAGAGAUGAUCAAAUUCAUCGUCCGGGUACCGUCUAGAGUCAAUUACAUGGACCGCUUCCGCGACAACCUGCGCAACUUCAUCACGGAGUGCACUCCAGACGCUGGGGACGCACAGGGCAAGGUUAUUCAGCGAAUCACAAAGCAAUAUGGUGGCCCAGCGAUGAAGUGGGAUGGAGGUGAUACCUAUAACAUCGUCGGGCAGAUCGGUAAGGGCGCCUUUGCGACCGUUUACCAACUCGCUGAAAAGAUGACUGGAAAACUUCUCGCAGCUAAAGAGCUGGAAAAGCGCCGAUUCAUGAAGAACGGCAUGCUAGACAAGAAGAUCGACAACGAGAUGAAGAUCAUGCAAGACCUGCGUCACCCAAAUAUCGUCCAGUUCGCAGAGUACCACGACCAGGGCGAUUAUCUCUACAUCAUCAUGGAGUUCGUGCGGCAAGGAGAUCUACAAGGCUACCUUAAUAAUCAUGGAUCCAUGGAGGAGGAUGUUGCGAGGUCAAUGGCUCAGCAGAUCCUGAGCGCGCUUAGUUAUCUGCACCGCGCCAAGAUCACACAUCGCGACAUCAAGCCUGACAACAUUCUCAUCUCCGAUCUGGAUCCUUUUACGGUCAAGCUGUCCGAUUUCGGACUUUCAAAAGUUGUCAAGCACGAAGAGACCUUCCUCAAGACUUUCUGCGGAACUCUGUUGUACUGCGCUCCAGAAGUGUUCCCCGACUUCAACGGUCAAUCAAAGGGAACUAAACGUCGACGUGGUGCCAAGACGUACCACUCGUAUAGCUCUUCCGUGGACAUAUGGUCCUUUGGUGGUGUCCUAUGGUAUGCGCUAUGUGGCGAACCUCCGUUCAGGGGUAUCGCUGAUGCUACCGGCGAAGCCAUGUUCAAUAAUAUCAUGAAAUCGCCCCUCGACCCGACACCGCUACGCAAGGCUGGUGUGUCCCCUGCUUGUAUCGAUCUUCUUACUAGUAUGCUGCGAACCGACCCUGCAGAACGUCCAACCGAUCGCGACUGUCUCAACCAUCCUUGGCUUAAGGAAGGCACGGAAAUUCUCGCCGACCCGACUCUUCAGUCCAUUGCGGAAGAAGACGAGCCUGAGGAGGCCGAGCAGCAGCUGUCGCAGCUCAGUCUCCAGGAGGAGGAGAUCCCGGAGUCAGAUGAAGACGGAGGCAUUCUGUCCGAUGAAGAGCUCAUGGGCAUUGUCAACGAGCGUCAGCCAAAGCGAGUUCGCGCCGAUCCCCUGUACCCGCGCAACCAGGUACGUGAUCGUGGCGACUCAAGCGUUGAGCCGUCAUUUACUUCCUCACACCUUGUAAACGAGGAGAGCUUUCAAAUGGCCCCAACACCUAGGCAACCUCGUCUGUUUGGUGAAAUUGGCCAGUCAGCUUUGCAGAGUUCCGGCGUCUUGAGCGCUCAUGCCCAUGACGCCCUGUCGCAAGAUGGGUCUGUUCGCCUUGUCCAAAAUGAUGGAGCAGGCGAAACGAGUUACACCGCUGGUCAGUCGGAGUUUCAGGGUCCUUUCACUGCGCCCGCCCAACUAGAGCGCGGCUUUUCCUCGCCUAGCCUUCUUGGUACCGAGUCUUUGGUACGAGAUCUCAACAUGACCUCGCCGCACUCACCCGUAUCCAGGACACAGAGCCCGGUCAUGCCUGCGACCCCCAGGACCCCGGAGGUCGUUCAACACAAUUCUUUGGAACAGUCGUCCAAGGACUUCAGUCAGAUUAGUGAGCCAACUCCGAGAGCACGACCUAUCAAUCGCCAGAUCAAUCUUCCUUUGACUGCCUCCUAUUAUUACGAUCCGAUGGACCCGAACACGCAUAAUCUGGAGUACGCUUCCAGAGUGAGUGGGUUUGACUUCGUGUCCAAUGGCCGCAAUUCCAACACCGAAACAUCUGCAUAUCCGGACACAACAGCAGCUUCGGACGCAAGUGCGCAGUCGACAAGAUCAAGCAUUGCGAGAGCACCAUCUCCGGCGGCAGCAAUCCCUUCUGUUCCAGCGGAGCUUGAUAUCCGUCCACCACCCCGGCGACUGGGUAAGCUCAUCGCAACCCCCGACUCCUUCGCACCCAACCUUACUCUCAACAUCGAUCAGAGUAAGACUUCUUGGGGCCGCUUGAGCAACAAUACGAUCGUGUACGAACACAAAUCAGAUACUCGCGUUCCUAAAACAGCUUUCAUAGUGUUUUUCUACUCGUCAGGUGGCCAGACCCAAGAGACAGUGGAUGACCUGUCACAACAGGGCAAAGAUUGGACCAGCUUGGAGAAUUUGAACGUUGGUAUCUGGACUUGCGCCACACAUGGUAUCUCCAUAAACGGCAAACACUUGAAGCAAAAGGACGACAAGGGGCGUGUUAUCUACGGACAUCUACACACUGGUGACAUCAUACAAGUGUACCACGAUGUCCGCGGAAUCGAGUGCCUCAAAUUCCGCUGCGAGUUUUAUCUUGGAGCUGGCAAGGAGCCACGACCGGCGGGCGACAGCUUCAGCACCAUGAUUGGCAGCCGGCUGUCACAGUAA